CUUCGCAACCCUGGCUUGCAGUCCGCUGCCAGUUCUCCUGCGACACGCCAACUUUUCUGACAACCGAACCUCCCGCUGCCGACGACCGAUUGCACCGUUCUCGAGCCCUUCGCCAGCCCGCACGACGGUCCACGUGUCCAGGUUGAACCUUUCGCAGCGAGGACUUCGCAAAUGGCGGCGCCGACUCUGAAGCGGCGGCACUCCGAUUUGCCGCACGUCGAGUCCAUCAGCCGAAUACUGAAGCUGCCCAUCGUAGAAGAUGGCAAACAGAUUGCCGGCAACGUGUACACCAGGAUAAAGCGUUCGAAUUCGUUGAUCAACUGGGGUUUGGGCACUGCCGAACGAUCGUUCGUGAUGGCGACGGCGAUAGCGACACCAGCUAUCAACGUUUUCGUUGGCCCAAUCACGACGAUCGACCAUUUGCUCUGCAAAGGCAUCGACGUGGUCGAAGACAAGGUGCCGGCGGUGCAUCUGCCCCCUCGACAAAUGUACAGCAGCGCGAAGGACUACAUGACCAGCAAAAUCAAGCCUGUUCUGACGCGUGCCGAAAGCGUAACGCAGAUAGGAUCUAUGGUCGCGAACGCCACGGCUGAUAGAUUGAACGAUGCUCUCACCCAUCUGGAGAAAAGCAUCGACCAUUAUCUGCCUGUCGAUUCUGUCGACGAGAUGGAUUUUCCUGUGACGGAGGAGAACGUAAGCAAGACGAAGUUGACCGUCAUACACGGCGUCCGAUGCUCCAGAAAGCUGCAACGAGGCCUGACACGUCAGACGGUAGCAGAAACUCGUGCUUUGAUGCUACUUGGGAAAAAGUUUGUGGAGGUGAUCAAGCUGGUAUUAACGGAUCCGAAGCUUGCAAUGCAGCAAGCGACUAGCUUGUGGAGAGCUCUGAGUUUACCAGAGCCAGAAAACCAGGUACGACCUUCCACAGUAGAGGAAUCGAUGGUCCUGCUCCUACGUGAAGUUUCCCGUUGGUUCGUGCACGUUAUCAACGACGUGGUAGCAUACAUAAAGGCUACUUGGAAGCUGAACGACGAACUCUUGGACAUUUUCUGCCUGUGGGCCGAGACGUUCCUUUCCCUGAGAUAUUACGUGAUCUGCACCGUCGUCAAUCAAUUUCUUAACGAGUCCGACGAAGAUCUCAAGAACGCGUAUGCCAAAAACCCCGUCGAGUGGUUCAACACAGCUAUGCAGAAGUUUUUGACGAAGCUUGCGAUGAUCAUAGCCGGCAAACCGGAUGUUUGCAAGACAGUGACGCUCCAAGAUUUCCAGCAGAACCAUAAUAAUCACGCGGCACAGCCAGUUAGUUAUCACGAAUAAUAAAAUCGCGGUCAAUGGACGCUUCAUGCUAGUUCCUUCUGCGUUUCGUCAGUGACGUUCGGAGGAAGCACCGACGAUUAUCAACACCUGAUUCCUUUUGUACCCCUUUAACGAUGUUUCCAUCGUUGACACGUUAUAUGAGUGUCGCGACAAGCGAAUGUUGUUAACUCUUGAUGCGCACUGUAACGAUUAGAAAUAAGAAAUUGUGAAGAUAAGAAUA